GCGACGGAAAAAGGGGGAGUUUGCGGCCGGUGGCGGCGGUGGCCACAGCGGCGACCUGGGGAUAGAGCUGAGGGACCUAGGGAGCGAGCAGAGGCCUCUAGCUCGAGCGCGAGGGACUUCCCGCGGUGAUGCCUGGGGAGCAGAUGGACCCUACAGGAAGUCAGUUGGAUUCAGAUUUCUCUCAGCAAGAUACUCCUUGCCUGAUAAUUGACGAUUCUCAGCCGGAAAGCCAGGUUCUAGAAGAUGAUUCUGGUUCUCACUACGGUGUGCUAUCUCGACACCUUCCUCAUCUCCAGACACACAAAGAGAACCCUGUAUUGGAUGUUGUGUGUAAGCCUGAACAAACAGCUGGAGGAGAAGAGGGAGACAGUAAUAGCCAGUUCAAUGAACAUUUGAAAGAAAACAAGGCUGCAGAGUCUAUGGAUUCUUCUCAUUUGGACACAUGUGGCUCCAUCAGUCAGGUCAUUGAACAGUUACCUCAACCAAACAGGACAAGCAAUAUUCUGGGAAUGUCGGUGGAAUCUGCUCCUCCUGUGGGGGAAGAGAAGGAGGAAGAGCUGGAAGAGAAGGAAACAGAAGAAGAAGAUACUUUAGACAAUGCCACACAUUCCCUUGGUGCUGAAGAUCCUGCCUCAUCACAGUUAGGCUUUGGGGUCCUAGAACUUUCCCAGAGUCAAGAUGUUGAAGAACAUAAUAUGCCAUAUGAAGUGGACAAAGAGCAUUUACAGUCAGUAACCACCAACUCUGGUUAUACCAGGGUGUCUGGUGGGGAUGCUGAUACUGCAAUUAAGCAUGAAGAACAGUCCAAGGGAGAUAUCCCCAUGGCAGAACAGCCCAGUAAGGAGAUCCCUGUGACAGCACAGUCCAAUAAAGAUGUACAUGUGGUAGAAGAACAAAAUCCACCUGAAGGGUCAGAGAAUAUGCCUUCUUGUCCCAAAGUGUCUCUUACUGCUAUGGAAACAAAAGAACAAAUGUGUGCUCAAGAACUUAUGGAAGGUGGACUGCAGAUUCAGAAGUCGCCAGAACCUGAGGUUUUGUCAACUCAGGAAGACUUGUUUGACCAUAGCAAUAAAACAGUAGCUUCUGAUGGUUGCUGUACUCCUUCAAGGGAUGAAGGGGGGUGUUCUCUGGCUUCCACACCUGCCACUACUCUGCACAUCCUGCAGCUGUCUGGUCAGAGGACCUUUGUUCAAGAGAGUCUUUCCACGAAUUCCUCAGAUCUUGUUGCUCCUUCCCCUGAUGCUUUCCGAUCUACCCCUUUUAUCGGUCCUAGCAGUCCCACAGAGCAAGAAGGGAGAAAAGAUGAACCAAGGGACAUGUCAGUGUUAUCUGAAGAAGGAGAGCCUUUUCAGAAGAAACUUGGAGAUGAUGAACCGGUGGAGAUAGAAAACCCUCCUCUCCUACCUGAGUCCACUAUAUCACCACAAGCCUCAACACCAAUCUCUCAGAGCACCCCAGUCUUCACUCCUGGGUCACUUCCUGUCCCAUCCCAGCCAGAGUUUUCUCAUGAUAUUUUCAUUCCAUCGCCAAGUUUGGAGGAACGAUCAAAUGACGGGAAGAAAGUUGGAGAUUUGCAUAGUUCAUCUUUGACUGUUGAAUGUUCUAAAACUUCAGAGAUUGAACCAAAGAAUUCCACUGAGGAUAUUGGGCUAUCUUUAUCUUUGACAGGAGAUUCUUGCAAAUUGAUGCUUUCUGCCAGUGAGUAUAGUCAGUCCCCAAAAGUGGAGAGCUUGAGUUCUCACAGGCUUGAUGAAGAUGGAGAAAACACACAGAUUGAGGAUACUGAACCCAUGUCUCCAGUUCCCAAUUCUAAGCUUGUUUCUGCUGAAAAUGAUAGUAUCCUGAUUAAUCCAGCACAGGAUGGCCAAGUAGACCUGAGUCAGAAUGAUGAUAAAACAAAGGGAUAUGACACGGAGACCAGGGAUGACAUUAGUAUUUUAGCUUCUGGUUGCAAAGGCAGAGAAGAAACUGUAGCGGAAGAUGUUUGUAUUGAUCUUACUUGUGAUUCAGGGAGUCAGGCAGUUCCUUCUCCUGCUACUCAAUCAGAGGCACUCUCUAGUGUAUUAGAUCAGGAGGAAGCUAUGGAAAUUAAAGAACACCAUCCAGAGGAGGCUUCUUCAGAGUCUGAGGUGGAAGAAAUCCCUGAGACUCCUUGUGAAAGUCAAGGAGAGGAGCCCAAAGAAGAAAAUACGGAGAGUGUCCCCUUACACCUUUCUCUGACUGAAACUCAGUCCCAAGGGCUGUGUCUUCAAAAGGAAAUUCCAAAACAAGAAUGCCCAGAAGCUAUGGAAGUUGAAACCAGUGUGAUUAGUAUUGAUUCCCCCCAAAAGCUACAAGUACUUGACCAAGAAUUAGAACAUAAAGAUCAGGAAGCUUGGGAAGAAGCUACUUCAGAGGACUCAAGUGUUGUCAUUGUAGAUGUCAAAGAGCCAUCUCCCAGAGUUGAUGUUUCUUGUGAGCCUUUGGAAGGUGUGGAGAAAGGCUCAGAUUCCCAGUCUUGGGAGGAUGUUGCUCCAGAUAUAGAACCUUGUCCUGAGAAUAGAUUAGAUGCCCAGGAAGAAAAGAGAGCAGAAAAUGAAGGAGAUCUGAAAUCAGUGACUGCAGAAAAAGAACGUGUAGAGAAAGAUUCUCCACAGCUUCCCUUGCCUUUAGUGAGAGCAGAUGAUCCUCUGAGACCUGACCAGGAGAUACAACAGCCCCAGCCUCAAGAGAAAACAGAUACCUCAUUAACCGAAGACUCGAAAAAGGCUAAAGCAAAGCAGCUAGGCCCAGGUGUAGAGGCCCAGCAGUUGAAGGCCUCUUCCCAUGCCUCACAAAGCUUCUGUGAAAGUUCUAGUGAAACCCCAUUUCAUUUCACUUUGCCUAAAGAAGGUGAUAUUAUCCCACCAUUGACUGGUGCUACCCCACCUCUUAUUGGGCACCUAAAAUUGGAGCCCAAGAGACACAGUACUCCUAUUGUGCUGGGAGGUAACAGUCAUGCCGUCUGGAGUCUCCUGCUACCUAUGCCUGAUGCUGGCAGAUGUGGGUUGGCUGAGGGCUCAUGCAGCAUCCUUUGUCCAGAUGCAGAAGUGGAACUGAAUCCUGUUGCUCCUCUUAAGACCAGGUGUAUUAACAACUAUCCAGAGAGCACUAUAGCAGCCAGUGAUGUCAUGUCUGAAAGCAUGGUGGAGACCAAUGAUCCCAUACUUGGGAGUGAAAAAGGAGAUUCUGGGGCUGCCCCAGAAAUGGAUGAUAAGUUGUGUCUAAGAAUGAAACUGGUUAGUCCUGAGACUGAGGCAAGUGAAGAGUCUUUGCAGUUUAGCCUGGAAAAGCCUGCAACUGGUGAAAGAAAAAAUGGAUCUACUGCUGUUGCUGAGGCUGUUGCCAGUCCUCAGAAGACUAUGUCUGUGUUGAGCUGCAUCUGUGAAGUCCGUCAAGAGGAUGAGGCUCGAAGUGAGGAUCCCCCUUCUGCGUCCAUCAGGGGGAACGUGCUUCGUUUUCCAAAUACUCAAGAAGAAGAGGAGAAAGAAAAACAGGAGGAUGACCAAAGGAUCAGGCAGAGUCAAGAGCCUCCGAAGUCCAUUAGUCCUCUCAAGGACCCUGCUUCUCCUGCUGCCCAGCAUAUGGCCAUGCAGGAGCCAUCCAGUCCUCAAGGAGAAGCCAUGGAGACAGACGUGCUUGAAGGCCAUAAAGAAGGACAGAAUAUCAAUCAGGAAAAGCCUAGUAAGGCCUUGAACGAAAGACCAAGCCAAAAUAACAUAGGCAUCCAAACCAUGGAAUGUUCAUUAUGGAUCCCAGAAACCGUUUCAGCAGCAACUCAGACUGUGAAGAAUGUGUGUGAGCAAGGGACCAGUACAGUGGAUCAGAACUCUGGAAAACAGGAUGCCACAGUUCAGACUGAGAGGGGGAGUAGUGAGAAGCCAAUCAGUACUCCUGGAGAUGAUACAGAGUCAAUCCAUAGCCAGGGAGAAGAAGAGUUUGAUAUGCCUCAGCCUCCACAUGGCCAUGUCUUGCAUCGUCACAUGAGAACAAUCCGUGAAGUACGGACACUUGUCACUCGUGUCAUCACUGAUGUGUAUUAUGUGGAUGGAACAGAAGUAGAAAGAAAAGUGACCGAGGAGACUGAAGAGCCAAUUGUAGAGUGUCAGGAGUGUGAAACUGAAGUUUCUCCUUCGCAGACGGGGGGCUCCUCAGGUGACCUGGGGGAUAUCAGCUCCUUCUCCUCCAAGGCAUCCAGCUUACAACGCACGUCAAGUGGGACAAGUCUCUCAGCCAUGCACAGCAGUGGCAGCUCAGGGAGAGGAGCCGGACCAAUCAAAGGGAAAACCAGCGGGACAGAACCCGCAGAUUUUGCCUUACCCAGCUCCCGAGGAGGCCCAGGAAAACUGAGUCCUAGAAAAGGGGUCAGUCAGACAGGGGCGCCAGUGUGUGAGGAGGAUGGUGAUGCAGGCCUUGGCAUCAGACAGGGAGGGAAGGCUCCAGUCACACCUCGUGGGCGCGGGCGAAGGGGCCGUCCGCCUUCUCGGACCACUGGAACCAGAGAAACAGCUGUGCCUGGCCCGUUAGGCAUAGAGGACAUUUCACCUAGCAUGUCACCAGACGAUAAAUCCUUCACCCGUGUUGUGCCCCGAGUGCCAGACUCCACCAGACGAGCAGACAUGAGUGCUGGGGCUUUGCGCCGUAGUGACUCUCCAGAAAUUCCUUUCCAGGCUGCUGCUGGCCCUUCUGAUGGCUUAGAUGCCUCCUCUCCAGGGAACAGCUUUGUAGGGCUCCGGGUUGUAGCGAAGUGGUCAUCUAACGGCUAUUUUUACUCUGGGAAAAUCACACGAGAUGUUGGCGCUGGGAAGUAUAAAUUGCUCUUUGAUGAUGGGUACGAGUGUGAUGUGUUGGGCAAAGACAUUCUCUUGUGUGACCCCAUCCCGCUGGAUACUGAAGUGACGGCCCUCUCGGAGGAUGAGUAUUUUAGUGCAGGAGUCGUGAAAGGGCAUAGGAAGGAGUCUGGGGAACUGUACUAUAGCAUUGAAAAAGAAGGCCAAAGGAAGUGGUAUAAACGAAUGGCUGUCAUCCUAUCCUUGGAGCAAGGAAACAGACUGAGAGAACAGUAUGGGCUCGGCCCAUAUGAGGCAGUAACGCCCCUCACAAAGGCAGCAGAUAUCAGCUUAGACAAUUUGGUAGAAGGGAAGCGGAAACGGCGCAGUAACAUCAGCUCACCGGCCACCCCCACUGCCUCCAGUAGCAGCAGCACAACCCCUACCCGUAAAGUCACAGAAAGUCCUCGUGCCUCCAUGGGAGUCCUCUCUGGCAAAAGAAAACUUAUCAUUUCUGAGGAGGAAAGGUCCCCUGCCAAGCGAGGCCGCAAGUCUGCUGCUGUGAAACCUGGUGCAGUAGGGGCAGGAGAUUUUGUGAGCGCCUGUGAGAGUGGAGACAACACAGGUGAACCCUCUGCCCUGGAAGAGCAGAGAGGGCCUUUGCCUCUCAACAAGACAUUGUUUCUGGGCUAUGCCUUUCUCCUCACCAUGGCCACAACCGGUGACAAGUUAGCCAGCCGCUCCAAACUAUCAGAUGGUCCUACAGGAAGCAGUGAGGAAGAGGAGGAAUUUUUAGAAAUUCCUCCUUUCAACAAGCAGUACACAGAAUCCCAGCUUCGAGCAGGAGCUGGCUAUAUCCUCGAAGAUUUCAAUGAAGCCCAGUGUAACUCAGCCUACCAGUGUCUCCUAAUUGCGGAUCAGCAUUGUCGAACUCGCAAGUAUUUUCUGUGCCUUGCCAGUGGGAUUCCUUGUGUCUCUCAUGUCUGGGUCCAUGACAGUUGCCAUGCCAACCAGCUCCAGAACUACCGUAAUUAUCUGUUGCCAGCUGGGUAUAGCCUUGAGGAGCAGAGAAUUCUUGACUGGCAACCCCGUGAAAACCCUUUCCAGAAUCUGAAGGUACUAUUGGUAUCAGACCAGCAGCAGAACUUCCUGGAGCUCUGGUCUGAGAUCCUCAUGACUGGGGGGGCAGCCUCCGUGAAGCAGCACCAUUCAAGUGCCCAUAACAAAGAUAUUGCUUUAGGGGUAUUUGAUGUGGUGGUGACGGACCCCUCAUGUCCAGCCUCGGUGCUGAAAUGUGCUGAAGCACUGCAGCUGCCUGUGGUGUCACAAGAGUGGGUGAUCCAGUGCCUCAUUGUUGGGGAGAGAAUCGGAUUCAAGCAGCAUCCAAAAUAUAAACAUGAUUAUGUUUCUCACUAAAGAUAAUUGGUCUUACCAGUUUUAUUCCCUGCUAUUGUGGAGAUUGUGUUUUAACCAGGUUUUAAAUGUGUCUUGUGUGUAACUGGAUUCCUUGCAUGGAUCAUGUAUAUAGUUUUAUUUGCUGGACUUUUAUGAUAAAAUAAAUGUUGAAUCUCUUUGGUUGUAGUAA